AUGACCAGCUAUAGCUACUUUGCACUUCCUUCAACAGCCGGGACCACGCCAUUCAACUAUCAAGUUCCACCGAUGACUAUGUUCAGUGGAGCACCUUACAGUGCAGCUAUGAUUCCAAGGAAAAAUCGCCGUGAGAGAACAACUUACAGUCGUCAGCAAUUAGAGAUCCUGGAGAAUCUGUUCCAGGAAACUCAAUACCCUGAUGUUUUUGCUCGUGAAAGAGUCGCCGAGCAAAUACGUCUUCAAGAGAGUAGAAUUCAGGUUUGGUUCAAGAACCGUCGAGCUAAAUUCCGUCUUCAAGAGAAACAAAAACCAAAGCAAAGGGGAAACGAACAAAUUCAGGAGCACAAAAGUGAAAAUCAACAAUCAGAUGCGUUAGAGGGGAAGCCUUUGAAAGGAAACGUCUCACCAGGCUAUCAGCCUCAAAUCAAAAGUGAACUGGAGAGCUGCAUCGACCCCGCGGUAGUCAGCGCUGGUAAGAUGAGCACUCCAAAGAGCAUCUCUCCAGUUGACACCACUGUCAGCCCCACCAGCUCCAGCACUUCGACGUCUGAUCUUCAAUGGCCAGCUGGUGAGCAGAAAGCUUCAACUGGAUUUGGAAAGAACGAGACUGCAUCGUCUACUGCCGUGAGUCCAUCGGUCGAGAGCCCAACUCCAGCUUCUAUUGCCGCUACUGCUGCCACUUCGUCUGCUGCGUCUGCUUCUUUCUCGUUCAAUCCAGCUGUCUAUAACUAUCCAACUAUCUAUCCACAGUGGGGAAGCUUUGACUAUACCAGUUACGCUAACCAGCCAUACGCUGCUGCUCAAUUCGGUCAGGCGCCAUAUUCGGGAACCCCGUUUUGGCACCAUAACCAGUCUUUGUAA